GAUAAGACUUGUGUAGUACACAGGGAAAAAUACAAAAAACAUUUGUAGGUUCCCAAGAUAGAGUGGUAUAAAAGCGGUAUCAUCAGGACAUCUUUUCCACAGUUUGUUGUCAUCUCCUUACUGGUCUCUUCCUGUACUGAUAUCGUCAACAUGAAGGCUGUCGCGCUGCUCCUCGUGCUGGUCCUGUGCGUCACUCACCGGCCGUGCGCUGCGCAGGAGUUCCGUCAGUGCCCCGAUGAAGUGUCGGCCAAGUGCCCUGACGUCGAUGGGGACUUCCCGACCUUCUUCGCGCAUCCCGACGACUGCUCCAAGGGCUGCGAGUGCUCCAAGGGACAAGCGUGGGAGAUAAAGUGCCAGCAAGGCCUCUUGUGGGACGAUACAGUCAGCGUCUGCAACUGGGCGUCUCAGGUCGACUGCGGAUCCCGCCCUCUGCCACCGUAAGGAGAUCACAAGCCGUUCCUCUUCCCCACGUCUUUCAACGAAAUACAGUUUUUAAUUCAUU